CUCUGCGGAACAAUUAUGGAUUUCCGAGGUUUUCUAGCCAUGGAGAAAUCGUUAUUUCCAAAAGCGGGGUCAAAAUUUUUCCUCCCCAGCCAGUUUUUGAAACUGUCAGCUGUUGCAGGCCAGGGUAACCCAGAGCGGGACGACCCCAGAUUCUUGCCCCCGGCGAAAAAUUCGACUAUAAAUAACAGGCUGAAUGUCCUUUUUUCAACCGUUAUCAUUUUGCAGCAAGCUUUUACAUCUGCAUUGAAAACUUGAACUUGGAAAUAUGGGGAAAGUUUUUAUGAUCUCGCUAGCAAUUUUUGCCAGCACGGGAUCAUUCUUGUUCGGAUACGAUGCAGGUGUAAUGACAGAUGUUAUUGCCUCGAAGAACUUUUUGGCCUUCUUCCACACGACUUCAGAUUCUGAUAUUAUCGGAGCUAUCAACUCUACCUUCAAUGGAGGCGCGGUUUUUGGAGCGCUUCAAGGGGGCCUCACGAUGGAUCGGUUCGGAAGAAAAUUAACAAUUCUCAUGGGAGCCCUCAUCUGUCUCGUUGGAGCUAUUCUUCAAUGCACAGCUCAGAAUCUUGCCAUGAUUCUCGUUGGUCGGAUUUUCACCGGAUGGGCUGUCGGUCUUCUGUCCAUGGCGGUACCGGUGUACAACUCGGAGUGCGCGGAUCCCAAGAUCCGAGGAUUUAUCGUUGGACUCUCGCAGCAAAUGAUCGGCAUUGGGUUCAUCGUUUCAACCUGGGUCGGUUACGGUUCUGGAACUGCCUCGGCUGACAGCAGCAUCCAAUGGCGUCUACCUCUCGCAUUCCAAGUCUUGCCUUGCUCCAUUCUAGCUUUGGGAAUCAUGUUCUUCCCAGAAUCUCCACGUCAUCUCAUGGAAACGGAUAGAGAGGACGAAGCAUUGAAAGUCCUCCGCAAACUCCACUACAAUGGCUCAAAUGAGGAGUAUAUCCAACGCGAAUACCACGAAAUCAAAACGACUAUUGCUGCAGAGAAGGCAAUUACUGUACCAGGGUGGAGCGUCAUGUUUACGGUCCCCCAGUGGAGAACCCGAUUGAUGCAUGGUGUUGCAGUGCAAGUUUUCACCCAGUUUACUGGGAUCAAUGUCAUCGGAUACUAUCAAACCAGCAUGUAUAAAGCCUUGGGUAUCGUAGGAAACAGGAAUUUGCUGGUCGCCGGAAUCUACAAUUGCAUGGGUCCUCUCGCAAAUCUCAUCUUCAUUAUCUUCCUCAUCGACCGGGUCGGGCGACGCAAGCCACUGCUCUGGGGAACGAUCGGCAUCACAAUUGCGUUGAUCUGCGAAGCCAUCGUCAACAGUCAGAUUAACACCGAAGCUCCCCAAAACGGACUCUCGAUUGCCGGUGUCUUCUUCCUCUUCUGUGUGACGGUCAUAUUUUCUCUCUCUUGGGGACCGAUAUCCUGGGUCUACAUGGCAGAGGUAAUGCCCAUGCAAAUCCGCGCCCGCGGGAAUGCCUUCGCAACCGGAAUCGGGAACUGGCUUGUUUCCACCUUCUGGGCACAAGUUUCGCCAACCGCUCUCAAAGCAUUGACUUGGAAAUUUUACUUCCUGUUCGUUGCUUGGAACAUCGCCGUGACCUUCCCCAUCGUCUUCUUCUUCUUUAAAGAGACGAAACAGAUUAGUUUAGAGGAUAUCGAUCUUUUGUUUGGGGAGAGGGCGUUGGGUACGCUGCCGGAUGAUUUGCAUAAGGCUCCGAUUACUGAGCCUCUCAAUGAGAUGGAACCGAGUCCUGUGGCCACGGAUACGGAGGCCAAGCCGAAGGUUGAAGGGGAGGCUGUGUGACGCUGCUUUCCCAGGCAUGUGGGCUUAGAGAAUCCAGCGGCAUGUGUUCAGUUCUUUCUGGUUGACAGAUACCCUUAAGAUACAGCCCGCUAGUUAUAUAUAAUCUAAUUACAGACCCACCUUUCUAAG